UAAUCCAAAUUGCAAUCAACAAUGUUAUUUAUAUAAACCUAUUGGACAAAAUCUCUCCCUUUAUGUCAUUGACAACAUUUCCAGAAACAGAGUAUAAACGCACUAGUGAGUGAAAUAAGAAUCAGACAUGAGCUCGUUAUCAAAACCAAACAGACAAUUUUUGUCACCAACAACAAACAACCAAGACACCGGCAGAGAACAAACAAUCGCCUGCGCCCGAGAUAUGGUUGUCUUGUACAACGAGUGCCUUAAAAACCACGCGGUCAGUCUCGGAGGCCACGCUCUUGACGGCUGCGGUGAGUUCACACCAAAGUCAACCACCAUCCUCACGGACCCUCCGUCCCUUAGGUGCGAUGCUUGUGGCUGCCAUCGCAACUUCCACCGUCGUAGUCCUUCUGACGGCUUCAGUCAGCACCGGUCACCACCGUCUCCGUUACAGCUGCAGCCACUCGCCCCUGUUCCGAACUUGCUUCUCUCUCUUAGCUCCGGUUUCUUUGGACCCUCGGAUCAAGAAGUCAAGAACAAAUUUACGGUGGAAAGGGAUGUUAGGAAGACUGCGAUGAUUAAGAAACAUAAGAGGACGAAAUUCACGGCGGAGCAGAAGGUGAAGAUGAGAGGUUUCGCGGAGAGAGCGGGGUGGAAGAUUAACGGCUGGGAUGAGAAGUGGGUGAGAGAGUUUUGUAGUGAAGUUGGAAUAGAGAGAAAAGUUCUUAAGGUUUGGAUCCACAACAAUAAGUACUUUAACAACGGGAGGAGCAGAGACACGACGUCCUCUAUGUCUUUGAAUUUGAAGUUGUAGAUCUCUUUACAGUGAUGGGUCUUCAUCUUCUUGAGAUAAGGAAAAACCGAAACAAAAAGAGGUUACGGUAGUCUCUGAUCCGACCGGAAUGUCACGUCAGAAAUAUAAAUUAUCUAAGUUUUUUUAAAAUUAAAAAUUAUUAUCCUAGAAGACUUGUCAUUUUGGG